AAUAUACUUUACUUACUUAGAACAUACUUUUUUUUUUAUAUACAUAUAUUCUUAUACAAUUUUAGUGUAUAUAUUUUUAUAUAUAUGUUUGUUAUACUUGCAAAUAAUAAUUUUAUAUCCUCCCUUUUUUUGAUGAAUUAAGUCUAGCUGGGUACCACAUUUUGUGGAUUUCGAAGGAUGCCUAACAUCUUCCCUUUGGAAUAAUGUAAACCCUUACCUAGAAUCUAAAUUGGUUUUCGCAGAUUGAAACGUGAGUCAUACAGGUCAUCCAUCAAAUAGGUUUUCCUUAUUUUCCUAAAUAAAUUAGGUGGCGACUCCAUACAAUAAUUAAUCUUUUUCAGAGUCCAUAUGUUGUGCUUUAUCUAAUCUCGGUUAAAAAUAGGGCAUAACAGUCAUUGCGACCACUUUUGAAAGAAAAGCGAGCGCAAGACUGUCUAGCUGGCUAAAGAAAGCUAGGGAUGAUCGAGCACCUUCGAGUUAGAUGCUACCUCAUAUAUUUGAAGAAUUAUGUCGGUAUUGGGAUACCGAAGAAUUCAAGGCCUUGUCCGAUCAAGGUAAAAAAGCAAGAGCCAGCCUAAAGGGUGGUUCGUUGCACACCAGAGGUGCAAAGAGUGUUGAUACGAUUUAGAGGAAGAUGGAAAAAAAAUUGGGACGCACUCCCUAUCGCCAUGAAGUCUUUAAAAAGACUCAUGUGAAGAAAAAUACUAAUGAAUCGGAUCCGAAUGAGUGGGUGAAGGAAAGGGCCGAACGAACCUAUCAAGAUUAUGAGCGGCACGUACGUGAGAUGGGAGAUUCGGUUCAGCUAACGCCUGAACAGUCCACUCAAAUUUGGACAGAAAAAGUGGUUGGAGGCAGCCACAAGGGCCGAAUAUAUGGAAUGGACUCUAGGACUAAUGUACGACGACUCCAAUCAGGUUUAGAAGGUAUUGGAUCAUCGCGUCAAGCCGAUGCCAUUGACGGGGUUCAGAUAGCUGCAAUGUCUCAGCAAAUUGCAGAACUUACACGCGCAUUGGCAGAAUCAGAGAAAAGAAGGAUCAAAGAUAAAAAAAGUAUGAAUGAACAAGUUGAGCAAAUUAAAGAACAAGUGCUCAACCUCGCUCGUCAGCCUUCGCCCCGUUAUUCAAGAGCGUCCACUCCGGAUGAUUCCGACGAUAGUGAUGAAUAUAUAGAAAAUAGUCCUUAGGGUUCCCUAUGUUUGUUUAUGAAUAUUUUGAAUAUUUUUUAUUAACUUUGAAACACU